CUUUCUGACAUGGUUGUGUUCUGACACCCUCAGUAAUCGUGUGGAGGCAUGGACAAGAGAUGUUGCGUUCUUGCUCAGACAAGAAGGCAGGCCUGUGGUUAAUCUCAUCCCUGAUAAGAACAGAAGGCGAGUGAUGGAGAAGGACUGGCAGAGCACAGACAAAGUGACCGACUGGCUAAGACAGGAAGCCAUUAACUACACCAAACCAUUUGUCCUUUACUUGGGAUUGAAUUUACCACACCCUUACCCUUCACCUUCUUCAGGAGAAAACUUUGGUGCUUCUACGUUUCACACUUCUCUGUAUUGGCUUGAUAAGGUAGCUUAUGAUGCUAUCAAAAUCCCAAAGUGGCUGGCUUUGUCAGAAAUGCACCCUGUGGACUAUUACUCUUCCUACACAAAAAACUGCACAGGGAAAUUUACUGAAGAGGAAAUUAAGAAUAUUAGAGCAUAUUAUUAUGCCAUGUGUGCUGAAACAGAUGCCAUGCUAGGUAGGUGGUAUAAUUAAUAAGCAAUUACAGGA